AUGAACACUGAGCGCCUCAACGGCAUCGAUCCGGAAAUGGCCUACAACCGAACCUCCCCAAUGAAACAGAACUAUGCUUCGCCAAUGGGGCCGUCUCAGUACGCCGACAGGGUCACUCGGAAUGCUGCUCGUUCGCCGGAGGAAAAGGAUGCUCAGUCGGCGACGCCGAUUCUGUGA